GAACCGUUGAAGUAGGAAGUUGAAAGGGUUGGGUCUGUGUAUUGGCACUUAAUAUAUCCUUUUUCUUCUUUCUUCCCUCUUCUGCUAUUUACUCAUCACCGCCGGAGGCUCAUCCUGAUCUCCAUAACUCCGCUCCCCUGAGACCCAAACACCACCAUCCUUCACCGGACACUCCCAACCAUGCCUACAAUCCGAAGAAGUUAUCAAGAUCGUUCGACACCACCGUUUCCUCCUUUCUUCUUUCAUUAAUUCAUUCCCCGGCGUUCAAGAAUCCUCUGCGUUUCACUCUUCGUCUCUUAGUUGUAUGACGUCUGGUUGCGAUGUCAGUUUGGUUCACCGUCAUCGUCGAUCAAGAAAAGGAGUACAGAUCUUUCCCCUCUGAUUUCCAGCAUACGUCGUCAUUGCUAAAAGGAUCAACGACUAUACCCAAGGAUCUACUAGAACUAUACCAAAGGCUGGCUAGGCUACAAAAGUUCAAACUGCAUCAGAUGUUGGACAACCAAUUGUUGAGUUAUACAUAUCUUAUCUUUUUUUGGCACACAUGCCUGAAAGCUCCAACCAGAUCAUAUUGGCGUACUUUGGUGGCUCAGUUGUGUUUUAUUAGGGAAAUUGAUCAGUUCAACGCAGCAGUGUUCCCUGUUGUUGGAAAUUGUGGCGUAUUGUCAUCAAUCAAAGCGAAGCCAAUGCAAGAAUUUGUUGCAUUUGUAGGGUUAAACGCAACACCCAGUCAAAGAAGUUUUAUGAAGCCAUAAUCUUCUAUUUCGAUAAUUUUUUGUUCUAUUAAACGCUAGAUUAUUGUUGCUAGCGUUUUACUGUUUGGGUUACAUAUGGCCAUCAGGUAAAACAUAAUAACUGCAUCUCUAAAAUGAUACACAUGUUCUACUUUGUCUUGGUAUCAUUUCACAAAUUAGUGGCUUAUGAUGCUUUAAGAUGCUUUUGUGUUUACAUGUAGUACUUGUUGGUUCAUCCAUCAUCAAACAUUACAUUGCUUUACAUAUUUCUACUAUACAUACAUAUGUAUCUGAAACCUUCCGAGGCUACACAUAUUUGAUGGAGCUAUUGAAGUGGAUGUUGAGUACAAAUAAAUACUAUUUAUUUUUGUUACAACAUUGUAAUGUCAACUUUUCCUUAUAAGGACACUGCAUCAUGAAAAUUCUAUGCAUUUAUAGCGUUAUACUUUUAAUCUUUUUUUUAGGACAACAAACUUUCAAAAAUCUAUCCAGUCUACUUUGCUUUUAUAUCUUGAUGACAUCACUAUAAUUGGGUAGAUUUUUUCAACUUUAAUAAUAGGAAUAAAUGAAAGUACAUUGGUAUUACUUGCUUUUAAACCAAUAUUGAUAUAUAUAUAUAUAUAUAUAUAUAUAUAUAUAUAUAUAUAUAUAUAUAAUAUUCCUGUUUCAGAAGUAAAGCUUGUGAAAGUUUGCAUUCGAGAUCCUUUAUCUAGAAUGAAAAUCUACAGAUAAAAAUCAAUGUUGGGCAUGUAGUUUUUUUUUCUGAGAUUUUUAUUUUUUCG